AUGAAACAAAGAUCAAUAUUUGAAUUCACUCAACGAAAAGUUGAAUCAACAAAUGAAAUCAUCGAAAUCAUGUCUGAAAAUGAAUUAGACAAUACUGAUACAGCUACCGAAGAGUCAUGUUUCUCAGUUACUAUUGAAACCAAACUAGAAGAUAUAUCAUGUCCCAUAUGUAAUAUCAACAUAGGUAAAUUAACUUUAUCCGAUAGGACCGAUCACGUAGAUACAUGUCUAGUACGCGUCACAUUUGUCCAAGAACCUCCAAAACCACUACUAAAACAAGAGAAUCCCAGACCCCCAACUCAACAAGAAGAACUCGACUCAAACAAGAGACGAAAGUUAGAAAUUCCCAAAGAUGCAGAGAAAUUAAAAUACAUGAACAGCACUCCCUCCAGCACAAAAUCAGACCAGAUCAAAGUCCCCAAAAGCAUCACCCCAUCCAAAGGUAACAGAAAGCCAAUCCCCCAUCUAAAACGAAUGUCCUUCCCCAUCAACCCUCCCACAAAACAACAAUCCUACCAAAUCAGCGUUGACGCGUUUUCAUUCGCCCCCGAUGACAAUAUCACCCAAUAUUUCCUCACCCAUUUCCAUUCAGAUCAUUAUGGAGGCAUAUCCAAAAAAUGGGCCUAUGAAAGAGUAUUCACCGAUGAUGAUUUUGAUAAUGAUUCAAAAUAUACACGGAUUAUUUAUUGUACUGAAAUAACAGGGAAAUUACUCACGUUAUAUUUUUCAAUUGAUCCGAGAUUUAUCAAACACUUAAAAAUGGAUACGCGAUAUUUAGUGAAGUCAUAUAACGGGGAGGCUGUGGAGGAUGGUGGGAUUGAGAGUAUGGAAGGGAAUGGGCCUGGGUUGUAUGUGACUCCAAUCACUGCUAAUCAUUGUCCUGGGGCGGCGAUUUUCUUGUUUGAAUCAAUUGGAUUAAAUGGGCAAAAAUAUCGGAUCUUACAUUGUGGAGAUUUUAGAGUGAAUAAAGAAAUUCUAUGUCAUCCAUUAUUGGAACCAUUUAAUCUACAAAGCAGGUCUCCAAACGAGGUAUUGAAGAUUGAUAAAAUAUAUCUUGAUACCACAUACAUGUCACCCGUUUAUAAUUUCCCAGCCCAGGAAUUAGUUUGUGAAACGGUUGCAACCAUGUUUCAAGAUCUUCUUCUCGAACAACAACAAGGGGAAUCAUUAUUCAGCACCUGGUUUGGAAUGCUUACACAAUCCCGAAUAACCGAUUUCUUGAGAAUCCAACAACAGCCCACUACAAAGAAGAAAAAGAAGUUUUUAAUAUUAGUAGGAACAUAUGUAAUCGGUAAGGAAAAGCUCGCAAUCACAAUCCUGAAAAAACUAGAUAAUUGUCCAAUAUAUGUCUCAAACAUAAACAGCCGGAAAAGUAAACUAGAAAUCCUAAAAACAUAUCAAGACCAAUAUCUCGACCAAGUCCUAACAUCAGACGACCUUGGCGACACCCACCCCUCGGAAUGCGUCAUUCAUCUAGUACCCAUGAAAAUCGUGAGUUCAAUCCAGGAACUAUCUAAUUAUUUCAACCAUAAUCGCUAUUAUGAAUCAUUUGAACGAUGUAUCGGGCUCCGACCCACCGGAUGGAGUUUUGUCCCUGGUGGAAAUCGUGGCAUAAAACAGGACGAGUCACUAGAGCCUAAGAAUCACCUACAUAUGGUAGCGGACAUAAUGUCAAUUCGACCCCAGUUUUCAUAUUUGAACAAUAUCCUAUCCCAAUCCCCCCCUGUAAUUAAAUCCAGCACGAAAGGAAAACCUGAUAGACAAUUAUAUAGGAUAUAUGCAUUGCCAUAUAGUGAACAUUCAUCAUUUCGGGAAUUGGCUUAUUUUGUAGUGUUUAUGAAGUCUGAUAUUGUGAUUCCGACUGUAAAUGUUGAGAAUUCGACUAAUGCCCGGAAUAUGGAUGCGAUGAUUGAGAUUUGGAAUUUAGUGCAGAGAAUUAAAUUUGGAGGGUUGAAGGCUGUUGAUAGAAAUAUAGAUAUGGAGGUGAUUGAGAAGUUUGAGAAUAUAACUUUAGAUAGUUUCUGA